GUCCUCCUAAUUCUUUAACAUGGCACCAAAAAAAGUAGACCCCAAGAGGGAGACCAAUAAAACUGGUACAUCUGAACCAGAGAAGCCUAAGGAGCCUGACUUUGACCCAAAGAGCACCGCAAUAGAGUUUACUGCAGAUCAAAUUGAAGAGUUUAAAGAGGCCUUCAUGCUGUUUGAUAGAACGCCUAAAGGAGAAAUGAAGAUCUCUUAUGCUCAGUGUGGAGACGUGAUGAGAGCUUUGGGUCAAAACCCUACCAAUGCCGAGGUCAUGAAGGUGCUGGGUAAACCCAAACCUGAAGAACUGAACACCAAGCUCAUGGAUUUUGAGACCUUCCUACCCAUGUUUCAGCACGUGUCCAAGUCAAAGGACCGUGGAACGUUCGAGGACUUUGUGGAAGGGUUGCGUGUCUUUGACAAAGAAGGAAACGGCACCAUAAUGGGAGCAGAGCUUCGGCAUGUUCUACAGACAUUAGGGGAGAAAAUGACAGAAAACGAGGUCGAACAAGUCUUAGCAGGACAAGAAGAUGCUAACGGCUGCAUUAACUAUGAAGGUAACAUCAGUGUUUUAACCGUAUCCUGAAUAUUACCAGCAGUGACACUGAAGCCUCAAGUAAAUAACAAGUUUUUAAUCAUCACAUUAUUAGUCUUAGAUAAUGUGGUGGCUACAUCUAUAUAAAUCCAAAACAUAUUACUGUAGGUUAUCAAUUAAAAAUUACUGCUUAUUUUUUUUAUUUUUUUUUUUACAGCUUUUGUCAAAUACAUCAUGUCUGGAUAAUUUC